AUGAACAUUUUAACUUGUGUGGUAAGUUUUGUGACCCAAGUUGUGACCCUUUGGAUGCCGUUAGUGUUAACUCUGUCUACGAUAUUUGAGAUAAACAUAAUAUAUAGAAGGACGAUAAAAGGUUAUUAUGAGACUCAACAUUUUAGAUACCAAGGCCAGAAACUUAUGGACUCCCAGGAUUCUUUGGCAAAAUUCCAUAAAGACAUGCACACGGUUUUGCAAAACAACGUCCUUUUGCAUCGGUUUGGUUUGAAAAGAAUACACUUAUGCGAGUUUUGGUGCAUAUAUUGGAUGCUUACUUUUGUCAUUAAUGAGCAGAUAAUUCCGAUGUUACAAAGAAGUGGCAUUCCUAUUACAAUAUUACAUGUUUUAAAAGUGUUUACACCUAUGACUUUGUACGUAUACAUUCAUGAAAGGCCCAGUCAUAAAAAUUGCGACUCACUGAGGCCUUGGAGGUUCCCUAAACUAUUCGCUGAACUAUACAAGUACCAGAUACUACCGCUAAUAAAGGCAGUAAUAGGUGUUGUAAAAUCCGAUAUAACCAUCGAAAAAGUGCAUUCAUGUAUAAAACAUAUCAAUGGGACUAUUGGCGCUUCAGAUUUUAAUCUCUUUGGGGUAGAGAGUCGUCAGAUAUUUUAUUUUCAAUCUAAUUUUGAAGCCACAGAAGAACCAACUACAUUAGCUAUGGCAAACAUGGAAGUAUACCCUGACAGUAUUAUUGAUUCUACUAGAAGCUCACUUUUAAGUCACAUUUCUCCAGCAGAAUCUAUCUACAAGGGACCUGUUGUUGAAAAGCAUUCAAGCAAGCCGCCGCAGACUAAGCGCAAAUUCGCAACAAGAUUGAAUGACCUUUUCCGUCAUAAAAAUCAGUGUCAGUAA